UGUAUGCGCGUAUGUCGUUUUAUUAAUUUUAUGUUCUGUGUUGUUUUUACAUGCAAAUCAGUGGACAAAAUGUCGGAUAAAGGGUUUAAAGUGAUGUUUUGACAAUGGAGAGUAUCAUAGAGAUGCCUCCCGAAGGUGGAGGCACCAUUAACAAUCAUCUACUUGACAGUUCUUGGAAUGAAGGUGCUGAGACUGAUGGAAGCAAUAAUCCUAAUAUAUUAUACAUUGCAGUAGAGUAUGUGAAACAUGCAAAUGAUUUCAAGCUAGAGCAAGAGGCAGAGGAUUUGAACUCAGCACAAACAUAUCAAGAGUUUCAACAUGUCAGUCCAUUGGAUCCUAACAUGAGCUCUGUUGCAAGCUACAGUCCAGUUUACACAUCAGAAACAAAUUUUGAGAACCCAGUGGUUGUAGCACAGCUGGUACAAAAUGCUGAUAAUGAAACUGCACCACCAAAUCCAGAGAACAUAAUUGGAAAUCAGUUUUUGCAAAUUGUUGAGAGAAGUUCAACAGUCCCAAAUGACCCACAGAUCAUUGCUAAUACUGAGCAGGAGGUUGACAUAUUAAUUACGGAUCAGACUACUGGGAUUUCCUAUUUAGUUGAGAGGUGUUUGGCUGAGGAAACCCAUUUGCUGGACUCUCAUACAUUGUUGGGCACUGAGCUUUUAUCUUUAGAUGAUGGUACUCUUAAAGCUAACUUACCCACAAUAAUAUCAGAUAAUCAGCAGAAUACUGUGGUUGAGAAUGAAAAAACAGAAAUAACACAUAGCCAGGAGAGAAGAUCUUUGAGGCAGACUGCCAGGAAGGUGAAGGGAGCUGAAAGUGAAGAAGAAUUGCUGACAUGUGUCCAGCAGAUUAGUGAUAAGCCUAUACUUUCAAGGGCUAGAGCUUCUUUACCAGAAAAUCAUUUAAUCAUUGGAAGAAAUUUAAAUGGAGAGAUUGGAAUAUUUGCCAAACGUUUCAUACCAAAGAGAACACAAUUUGGGCCAAUUGAAGGAUUGACAUCUAAUGAUUACAUCAAAUAUGAUGAAGAUCAGGUUGUGCUUUCUGUGGAAACUUCUGAUGGUUCUUUCCUUUAUUUGGACGUUUCUGAUGAGAAUUCAUCCAAUUGGAUGCGCUUUGUGCAAUUGGGGCAAAAUUUUUCUGAACAAAAUUUGGUUCUGACACAACAGGAUAACUGCCUGUAUUACACUACUAUAAAGAAUAUACUUCCUAAACAGGAGCUGUUGGUUGGUUAUGGUAGAAACUAUGCUCAGAUGAGGAAUCUUCCUGUCUUGGAGCCAAUGCUGGAGGACGAAUGGCCUUGUUACGAAUGCUCCGAGAGGUUCACCACUUCGGAACAAUUACAGAAGCAUUUAGAUCAACAUGAAGAGAUGGAUGAGAAGCAAAUUGUUGCCAAUGAUAAUAAAAAAAGGAAAGCCAGGAAGAAGCAGCAGUUGAAUAUGGAUAACAACGUAGGCACGGCAUUGCAAUGCACUGUUUGCAUGGAGGUGUUUAGUGCGAAGCGAUUCAAUUUCCUAAGACAACAUUUGAAUGAACAUGGUUUACCAGCUACAGAGCAACUGCAAGAUAGAUACAUCAUUGCUAAAAGUUACAGUUGUUACGAGUGCGAAUCGAUUCAUCUGAGCGAGGAUGAUCUAAGUAGACAUCUGCAGGAGAAUCACAGCGGAUGUAGUGAAAAUAAUUCAUCAAAUUCUGAACAAGCGAAGGACGAACAAUCCAAAGAGUGGUUUAAAUGUCCUAAAUGCAAUAAAUUGUUUGCCUCUCGGGACAGAAUUCAGAAGCAUAUGAUGGUGCAUGGAGAUGAGCAAGCGAAACCUCUGCAGUGCGACAAGUGCAGCAAACGUUUUCUGAACAAAUCAGCUCUGGUUUGCCAUUUAAAAACUCACCUGUUGGGCGGUAAAAUAUUUGAAUGUCCCAUAUGCAAAGAGUCUUUCCAUCAGGUGUUCGAAUUGAAGUUGCAUGUACCAAAACAUUGUGUUGAUGGCCAUUACACAUGUCCUCAUUGCAAUAAGCUUUUUGACAAGUACAGUAUAAUCAGGAAACACAUCCGUGCAUUCCAUAGCGAAAGAAAGCAUAGUUGCACUCAUUGCUCGAAGAGUUUCCAAACUCUGGACAAGUUGCGAUGCCAUCUCCUGAGACAUUCGGAUCAUCGCGAAUUUCUUUGCGCGGAUUGUGGAAAGCAGUUCAAGAGAAAAGAUAAGUUGAAAGAACAUUGCAAGAGAGUGCAUUCAGAGGAGCGAGAGAACGCAAUCCCAAAGAAAUUCACACCGAAGGUCGAGCCUACAGAUUACCAUAGGUUCAUUUACAAAUGCCACACUUGUUUGGUGGGUUUUAAAAGGCGCGGAAUGCUCGUGAACCAUCUGGCCAAACGGCACCCGGAUAUCAGCUUGAAUUCAGUUCCUGAACUGAAUUUGCCAAUCCUGCGCGCAACUAAAGAUUACUUCUGCAACUAUUGCGACAAAGUGUACAAAUCCAGUUCCAAGCGCAAGGCGCACAUACUUAAAAACCAUCCUGGUUCGGCUCUGCCCUUGAGCAACCGUCGUUUUGAUUCCACCAAAGUCGCAACUGAUGCUCCCAAUCCUACAUUCUCGAUGACCGUUGGUUCGGUUACUACCCAUCCCCAUGGUUGUCAGUUGUGUCACAAGCAAUACGCAAGCAAAGCCAAAUUGCUGCAACAUCAACGCAAGACACACAAGGCCCAAAUGUUGGAGGAGGAGAAGAACCACGACGAAGCUGGCGGAGUGCAGCAACAGGAUGAGGAGGAGGAGCAAUUUUAUCAGCAGGUUAUUGCGGUGGCUGAUAUACCUGGUACUUCUACGGUCACAACCGGCUCAGCAAACGAUUCUAGGCUGUACCGUUUGCUGACAACCGGAAACAAUUUAGUACCACCGCGUUGAAGAAGUAGGACCGAACGGCCCGUAAUUCGGUUUGUUUUACCUUUGCUACUUUUGUCUUCCUCCCACUAACACAGCAACAACAAUAAAAAGAAAAAUUGUACAAAGGGAGGAUUGUGUGCUCGUAGGAUGAAAUUGUUGAAAGGAGGUGCGCUUUGAUUAAUUUGUUUGGUCAGGCUGCGCCGUGGGCUGGAAACCCACGUAUUUCUGUAACGAUCUUUUCCGUUUUCUGACACGCGAUUCGUAAUGGCGAUAACGAGAAUUGUUCCUCUCCAUGCAAUUUUGCGUAUUGAUAACUAAAAAUUGAAGGUAGUAGAUAAGUUACUUAAGAGAUUGUGGAUUCGCUUUGGAUACAGUCGGAGCGCCUUUCGGGGAAAGACGUUACCCGCUCUUUUUCUGAUUAUUGUUAAUCAACAUUUUUCUGUUCGGGAUUUGACUGACGUCUUUCGGCGACAAGCGCUCCAAUUGUUAUUUCGUUUAGAAAUAUAAUGCAUUUAUAUGAAAUUCUGGUCGAGUGCAAAGUAGCACUAGUUAGUUACAUUCAUGAUAUUGAUAAUAAUUAAAUGUCAUUGCUACAGAUGCUCGCUGAUAUUGUUUGAUAUAUAAGAUAUGAAUAUCGAAAGGAACAGCAGCAGCUGAUUGUGAUUAAUAUAUUUUAGGACUUGUUGAAAAAGGAGAUGGUGUUGGAAAAGCGAUUAGUUUUACAUAAAAAAAAUUUGUUGAUAUGAUGAUUUGAAAUGAGUUUUAUUGUACCAAUAAAAAAGAUAUAAUAAUAAUAAUACUUAAAUCGAUCUCUGUUUCUAAAACAUGAUUAAAUAAUCGCUUAUUGAAUACAUUAAGAAACGAAGAUGGAUUGUAUUUUUUUAAGAAUGUUGUUGUCGAUUAAUAAAUUGAAGGUGCGUCCU